GUGAUUCAAAAUCAGGAAGUAAUCUGGUUCUGUCGGUAGUUGAAACGUUCUGCAAAAUGGAAGAAAAUGCAUUAAUUUAUCCUUUGCUUUCCCUGUGUAGCUAGCUAAAUGCAAUGACGGGUUGUCAGGACGUAUGUUUCCUAAUACAGUUACGGUUAUAGCUAGCAUACGGCACAAAUAACGAACUACAGACAGCCAGCUUCACCAACUUACCGCCGAAAUGACGAAGACGUUCAGAUCCCCAUCACGACACGGCUAUGCUGUAGAGAUAUCCCCAUUUCUCCCAACCCGAUUGGCUUGUGCUACGUCUCAGUACUAUGGAAUAGCAGGAUGUGGGACACUACUGGUGCUGGAUCAGAAUGAAGUUGAAAUUUCCCUGUUCAGGAGCUUCGACUGGAACGACGGCCUCUUUGACGUGACGUGGAGCGAGACUAACGAGCACAUCCUGGUGACGGGGGCUGGAGACGGGUCUCUGCAGAUCUGGGACACGGCCAACCCCCAAGGCCCCCUGCAGGUGCUGAAGGAACACACGCAGGAGGUCUACAGUGUGGACUGGAGUCAAACCCGGGUGGAGAAUCUGGUGCUGUCUGGCUCCUGGGACCGCACAGUCAAAGUGUGGGACCUGGAACGACCUCAGUCGCUGUGCACUCUUCAGGGUCACGAAGGGGUCAUUUACAGCACAGUGUGGUCCCCUCAUGUCCCAGGAUGCUUUGCUUCUGCUUCAGGGGAUGGGACGCUGCGGGUGUGGGACAUGAAAUUGGGGGUGUCCAGGCUGGUCAUCCCGGCACACAAGGCGGAGAUCCUCAGCUGCGAUUGGUGCAAGUACGAUCAGAACAUAAUCAUAACCGGAGCAGUGGACUGUAGUUUGCGUGUUUGGGACCUGCGGAACAUAAGACAGCCUGUUUCGGAGCUGUUGGGUCACUCGUACGCCAUCCGGAGAGUAAAGUUCUCUCCAUUUAACCAGACAGUGCUUGCAUCCUGCUCCUAUGACUUCACUGUGAGGUUCUGGGACUGGGGCUCUGGGCAGCAGCCGCUACUGGGCACCCAGGAACACCACACAGAGUUUGUGUGCGGGCUGGACUUCAACCUGCACGUCCCCAACCAGAUUGUGGACUGCGCCUGGGAUGAAAUGGUAAAAAUAUAUACACCUCCAUGCCUUGCCACCUUUCAGCACAGCGCACCAUAGAGGGAAGAUGAUUACUUUGCCUCAAGGAAGAAGAAAAGACUUUUAGGACUGGGUUGGAUCUGAAUCAUGGGCAGAAGUUGCCGAGCCCUUGAUGCAGUUUUGAUAAUGAUGCUUUUAAAGGGAUCCCCAGGGGAAAGUCUGCUACAGGCAAAGUUUGAAAGUAGAAUGGAGUCAUGCUAAACCACGCGGAACACUGCAAAUCGCCAGGUUUAAAACCAUAUGUGUCAACCACGGACUUUUCAUUACGAUUUUCUUUUUCUUGUUUAUAACGUGUGAAAUUAGAAGUGUCUACGCGUUUUUCUUGUGUGCCGGUUUUGGCGUUUGGCGAUGCUGGAGCUGUAUGAAACCGACGUUUCAGUAAUUUCGAGUGUUCCUUCGUGUUUCACUGUGUUAUGGUACAGUACCCUCUAUUUGUGCCUGACAAAUCUGGAAGAUACCCUAAAUGACGCGUGUGUUUUGAGGAAUAAAACCAAUGCUUGAAUGAUUCGGACGUCUGCACCAGUGCACAAGUGGAAUAAGGGUGUGUAAUUAAGUUCAAAUCUUUGUAAAUGCAACGGAUUCAUUAAUGGUAGUUAAUAGCUAUUUAACAUUUCUGUACAGAUCCCAAACAAGCGUGUAAUAUGCUAAUAAACUGAAACUUCACUAACUUGAAA